AUCUACCCCUGGCCCGUGAACAUGCUGCACUACCUCGUCCUCCGCCCCAACACGCGGUACACGCCCACGCGCCCCGUCGGCGCCGCGAACCUCCCCUACACGCUCCCGCCGCGCGCCGUGCAGACGCUCGGCAGCCCCGUGCGUCUCUUCGCGCAGAGCGCGGUCGCGCUCGGCCCGUGGGGCACCGCGAUGUGGUUCGACAGCCACGCGGACGAGUGGGCGGGGCCGAGCGACGCGGGGCAGCGGCUCGCGGGCGAGGCGCUCGAUGCGCGGGCGGCGAUCAGGGCGGGUGCGGGCGCGGGCGCGGGCGAGCCGUGGGGCGUGACGACGUCGUCUGCGGCGUCUGCAGCGAGCAUGGUGUUUGCGUCGAGGAACGAUGACGGCUGGACGCGCAUCGCGAUGGACGAGGAGGCGGGGCGUGUCGCGCUCGGUUGUGCGGAUGGCAAUAUCGUGCUGUACGACUAUGCA